AUGGACACAAGGCGUGGGUGGAUACACAAUUAUAUCUCAUUCAGCGGGCUGUCGGAGGAGGAUGUUGAAGCUGCUGAGGCGCUGGAUGUCCUGAGGAACUCGCAUGUGGACGCAGAUGUUGAAGUAGAAGAAGACCGCAGCAAGAAGCGUGUACGUGAUGGGGAAGAUGAGGAUGGUGGACAUGUUAGGAGGCGGAAAGCUAGUGUUCGGGAUAGGUCAGACUCCAGGAUGAGCCAAUUAAGUAAUGUGAGCAAUGCGUCUACGGAAGAGCGAGUAGUACGAGUUAAUAGUCAUGAGGACUCUCAGAGUAAAAGACAAGAAGAGGAAUCAUUGUUUGAUAAAGUUUGCAGAAACUCGAAUGAGAUUUUAACAAAUAUGGGCUCUUUCUUCGAAGAGAUGAACAGCAACGUAUUUAUGGAAGGUGGAAGUGAUGUCCCGGAAGAACACCCUAAUGGCUAUGUUAGACCUCGCCGAGAUUCACGUUCUAUCUCAACGACAGGGGCAGAUGCUGAUACAGAGAGCCAAGGUACCCAAGGUUCUUACAAUGGCAAAUGGGACACUUGGAGUUCGAGAUCAUAUAAUGACAGACAAUACUACUCGAAGCGUAAGGCGCUCAGCGAAGCUCUCGCUAAGGGGAGAUACAACUUAAGAGAAUAUAAAUUGACUAUGUCCAUUGAGUCAAAGAAGCGUCUGAUAACAUGUUUACAUCUACUAAAAUUAGCAAACAAGCAACUAUCAGACAAAGUUGCAUACUUACAAGAUGCCGUAGAGAAGGAACAAGAAUUGGCCAAUGGAGAAGAAGUUAAGAAAGAAACUAGAGCUUUGAAUGGUGAGCAUAGCGGUCCCCAAAACGACGACGAUCUCGAGUUUUACGAUGCAUCAGAGUCUGUUGAUCAGAACUCUGGCGAUUUGGGACUUGAAAUUGUGGGUACAGUUAAGAAAGUGUACUCGCUAAUAUCGAAAUAUACUGGCUCUUCUUUGCCAGAACCUGCUAGGUCUCAAGUUAGAGAAUCGUUACUAAAUUUGCCUAGCAAUUGGAAUACAAGUGUUCAUAAUGGCUUCAAAAAUAAUGGUACAGGAAUAAUGACGGCAUCCUCGUCGACAGACUCUCUAAGCUCAUACUCUAGUAUAUUACCCGUGUCUAGCAACGGAAAAUAUCUAAUACUUGCCAAAGAGUCUCUAAACAUGGUGCAGAGUGUUAUUGAUGUAGUUGAUUCAACGUUGGGACGCGCAGAAGAAUGGGUAAAGCAAAAGCAAGAACUGAAAGAGAUGAUAAAGAAGAAAUUUCUUGAACAACAAGAACAUCAGAAAAUGCUUGGAAUUGGUACUGAAUCCUUGGAUCAAAACGAAUCCAGCGUUAAGAAGGAGCAGCCAACCACACAUAUUUCAAUCAGUAGUAUCACAAACAGUACAAACACAUUGGACACGGUGAAAGAAGAAGAUAUGCAUUUACAAAAGGUAUGA